AGGCACACUCCAACCACUCUCCUCCUCGCACAACAUUUCUACAUUCCCUUGCUGUCCACCAACAAACACGCAGUGCCUGUUGUGGAAUUAUACCAAGAAAAAUCAUGGCGCCCAACGAUAAAGCGGGCAGGGUCGUGUUCAUCGGCAAUAUUCCUUAUGGCGGAACCGAAGAGCUCAUCAUCGAAACCCUUGGUCGCGUCGGUCAGGUCCUCAACUUUCGCUUGGUGUACGACAAGGAAACCGGGCGCCCCAAAGGCUUUGGCUUCGCAGAGUUCGCCGACGCUGAUGCCGCAGCCUCCGCGGUGCGAAACCUCAACGACUACGAUUUGAUGGGAAGGAAGCUGAGGGUCGACUGGUCCAACGAGAGCGGCUCCGGCGACAAUGCGCCGUCAAAUCGCGACCAGAACGCGCAGCCAACCAUGGGCAUGAACGGCCAGCAGCCAGCAGCGCCAGCACCGGCGCAGCCAUCGAGCACCUUGGGCCCUCUUCCACCGGGCGUCGAGCUACCGCCCAACCUCACCUGUCCCGAUGCCAUUUCGCGCACGCUCUCUACACUCCCUCCAGACCAGCUCCUCGACAUCCUCUCACAGAUGAAGGGCCUCGUAAUGACGGAUCCGGCAAAGGCGACAGAGCUCCUGCGACAAGCGCCUCAGCUGGCUUACGCCAUUUUCCAGUCGCUGCUGCUCCUCCAGCUGGUCGACCCACAAAUCCUGACCUCGCUUGUGGAGACAUCGGCGGCGCCUGCCCCAGUUGCGCAGGCUCCACCUGUUCAGCAAGUACAGCAACCACCACCGCAAGUUGCGCGACCACCUGUAAACUACCCCGGAUACCCACCGCAAGUUGCGCCUACACCUCCUGUUCCGCAGCCAUAUGCGCAGCCUCCACAGCAACCACAAGCACCUCCUACGGACCAACAAGCCUUAUAUGCCCAGGUCAUGGCUCUGUCGCAGCAGCAGAUUGACCAGUUGCAACCAGAAUAUCGCGCGCAGAUCCUGCAAAUACGGCAGAUGUUAAUGGCUGGCGGACGGCCCUAGUUACGCCGGCAACGAUGGGGACUUUGCGAGAAUCCGGAGCCUCGCUUUGAUCUUGUUUUGAAGGACCGAUUGUUCGACAAGCGGGGCACAGAGAUUCUUCGAGGCAUACUACUCCAUGUAGGGGUGAGUACGACACAGCUUACACCUAUAGCACGGGACUUAUUCGAAAUUAUGAACAAUCCCGACCGCCGUGAAAGAGCGGAGAACUUGAAAGUGGAGAUGUUCGCACACGAUUUGUACAGUCGACAUCAUCUUCCAGAGGAGGAGGAAACUUGGGAACUCCUGAUUCAGUAUUUGGUCGAGGUUACAGAGUCUGAAUUCAUUUCAGACAGCUCAGGCGAUGGAAACAAUUCUGAAUUGGACGGGCAGGAACGUUAAGAGAACUUGUCGAAGUGUAACUAGUUGCUCUUUAAAGAAGGCUGCAUAGCACAGUCGCGAUCAGACAUGGACUUGUCGCACAACACUUGAAUAAUGCAAAAAUGCACAUCAUGUCACA